AUGAUCCUAAGUUUACUUUCAAUUACUGGCUUGGUAUUAGGUGCUACCAUAAAGCAGCCAAGAGAACUUCAAAUCCCCAACUCUGAGGGAGCAAAAAUUCUCGAAGUUAUGAACUUGUCGCACUUAGAAACAAAGUACGGGAAGCUACUAGCCACAUCAGAUAAUACCAUUUUCCACUUGAUAGAUACCAAGACCUUUGUGGCCAAACGAAACAACAAUUAUUGGGACUUAGAAGAAAAUUUAGAUGACUUGAGCAAAAUCGAAAAAACCAAAAAGCAUGAAGUAUCUUGGGUAGAAUUUGGCUUCCAAAGGACUUAUAUUACCAAUAGUGAGAACCGCAUUCCAGUUUCACAUUGUCACAGUGAGACAGAGGGACAAGGAGGCGCACUCAACAUCCAGUCUUCUGUUGGUGUUGCUCAAUCAUUGACAGGAUCCUUCGGAGUGAAUCCCAAUACUGUUGCAUUCUCCUUAUCUUUAACGGCCUCGGUGGCUCUUGAGCUGUCUCUGUCUGUCAAUACAGUUUUAGGGUGCAGUGCUAGACAUGGGGAGAUAGUACAAUUAUUCUUGGUCAAUACCAAAUUUGUAUACUAUACACCAAAAGUCAGGAUGUUAAUAUAUGACAAAAAGAAGGGAAAGUUGUUGAAGGCUGGGCAAUUCGAAAACAAGAAGCAAAGACGCGCAGUGGUUAGAGGUGGGAUCGGUGAAUGGAUCUGUGGCUCCAGCACUGUAAUUCCGUUGGAAUGCUCACAGUUGUCUACUUCAGUCACCGAAUUCUAG